AAUAAAAUUGAGGCCGAAAGGCCAAUCAAAUCUCUCUUUUUUUCUUCUCCAAUUUACAUCUACAUUUAAUUUCACUUAAAAAUUCUUAUAAUAAUAAUUAUAAAAGAUAUAUAUAUGGAUAUAAGUUAACAUAUAUAAUAUAUCUUUCAAAAAUUCAACCACCACCAGCAAGGAUCGAUAUUUUGGUGAAGAUCACUGUUCAUAUUAAAUCUCGGGUGGAAGAUAAUAAAUAGGUUAAAUAUAGUAUGGGAUGCUUUCAAUCAACCCCGAAGGAUACAGGUGGCAAAAGGAGGAGGCCUGCAAACAUUGGUGAAGUAGCGGUUUUUGUUCCUGGUUUACGCAUUCCAAAACCUGUAGAUUUUAAUGAGUCUAUCGGCGAUCAUUUGUGUAAAACUUUAGUGGAACGACUUUCUGCUCUUAGGACACGUAUAGUUGUUAUGGCAGGACAAGAAGCUCCAUCUAUCACAAGAACACGAAGAAGAAGUGCUACCCAACAUGGAGGCUCAACUUUAGGCGAUCUUCUGCAAGCCCUUGAAGAUUAUUUACCGGUCCUUCUAGGGCUGGUUAAAGAUGGAAGCCCGCUACAACAUAAAGUACAAUUUACAUGGAUAAACCAGGAGGAUGAGUCAGAGGAAAUGGCGAUGUAUAGUGCUUGGUAUGAAAUAUUAUCUGUUUUGCACUUGAUGGCAACGUUAUCACUAUCUCAAGCAAACUUGCUGCUUCUCCCUAGAAUGUCCAGUGAUGGUUAUUUGCCUAAAGUAACAGAAGAAAGCAGGAGAUCUGCUAUUGAUAUUUUGUUAAAGGCAGCCGGAUACCUUGAUUGUGCAGUAAGGCACAUACUUCCACAGCUGCCCCCAGAACUCAGGAGAGACCUGCCAGUGGACCUUGCUGAAGGAGUUUUGAGAGCACUCUGCCUUCAAGCACUAGGACAGGGAGUUGACAUACAACUUGGGCUUGCAAUUGAUAGCACCAAAGCCACACUCGCGGUGAAACGAAGGCUUGCCUGUGAGAUGGUCAAGUAUUGGCAACAGGCGCAAGAUAAUAUUACAAACCUUCCGCUAGCAAAUGGUUGGGGUGAGAAACACCGCUUUUAUAUCAAGUGGAAAUACAUCGAAGCCAAGGCAGGGGCGUAUUAUUAUCAUGGGUUAAUUCUUGACGAAGGUAACACAGAAAAAUCACAUGGAAUGGCUGUUUCUGCUUUACAAGCAGCAGAUGAAUAUCUUAAAGAAAGUAAAAAGGCAUGUGAAGCUUUCAAUACAGCAGUUCCUAUCUCUAGAACUCCUCCUCUUUGGGGAACUAUGAAGUAUCUCUCUGAAAAAAUUCCCAAAGACACUUCUAGCAAGGUGCGGAUCAACCGGGAUCUAUACACAUAUGAAAAAAUCAUGGAAACAGCACCAACUUUACCUGAUUUUGCUUUGGCUCUGAAGCCGGAUGAAUAUCAACUUCCUGAUGUGGACUCCUCAUGGAAUAAUGAAAACGUCAACAAGGCGCAUGUUGGGAACAACAACAAAGAUUAAGAACAAAUAUGACAUCAUGUGAUCAUGAUGCUGUGAAUCUGGGCAAUCAAAGAUGGUCAGCGUCACUCUGUUGUAACUUCAACAAGUUCAUUUUUUAUGAAUCAUUUUGGUGGUGAGUUUGUUCAAAAGCGUUAUCAUCCGUUCAUAUAGAAAUGUAUGUAUACAAUAUGUACACCAAGUGUUUAAUAUGAAAUAUGAAACUUGUACAAUGUUCAGAUCUU